AAACUCUACUUUGCCUUAUUUGCGCUCAUAUCCAGCGUUGCUGCCGAUGUUAGCCAUCUGAGCCGCGAAUAUCUGCCACCAGUGCACCACGACGCGAGCGCUAGUGCCAGCCUCGGUGGCCCUGCAGUAGUAAACGUCGGCUUCAGUGCCGGUUCCAGUGCUGCGCCUAGUGGCACAGCGACCUACACCAGUCAUCAUCAGAGUUUCGAAAGUGUGCAUCAACCACAACCGCAAAGCGACGUUUCGUUCACCUUUAGCAGGGAUGAAGCACAGGCUGCAGAGCCCGCCGCACCAGUUGCGCCAGCUGAUGAUGGUGCCGUCUCCUCUGUAUCCUUCACCAUCGAUGGAGCGCAACAGCAAUAUCACGAUGACAAACAUGGGCAACAGCAAGUGCAUUUCGGGGUGGAAAGCGAAGGUGCUGAUGUCGGCGUUGUAGGCGGAGUAGGAGCCGGUGACGCUGGUGUCGCCUAUGGUGGCAGCUACGACUUAAGCAGCCAGGAUGGGGGCGUGCAAGAUCUAGAACACAAUAGCCUGGUAAGCGAUGACUAUGGCAGCAAUGCUGCCGUUGAUAAUGAAGCGGCGCAUGUGAGUCACGCAGCAGCUCAGGGUCCAGCUGUACGCGCGCCACAAUCAACACCAGCAGAUGUUGGCACACAAGACGCUGUAGUGCAGUAUGUAAGUGGUGGAGAAAGUGCCUCAACUGGCGGUAUUGAGACACAAUAUGGUGCCAACGGUGGUUAUAUCUAUUAA